AUGCCAGUUCCCCAAUUCCAAGUUCCUUCGCCACCCCCAACAAGACGAAAUAGCCUAAGAAUUCAACAAAACCGACGGACUCAACGAAAUCAGAGGAAGCAUAUUCUAUCGGACUAUCAUCCCAGGCCAUCGUAUUCUACUUCAGCACUAAAUACUUUGUCGUCAUACAAUUACCAUCGUCUCUACCCUAAUAAGCAUAGAAGAAUGUCGCUGAUCUCAGAUACACAAUUACUCGCACCAAUGACCCAGGCAUCAUUGAAUAGACUCGAAGUCGCCACUACGUCCACUGCAUCAUUACCUUUGUCUUUACCAUACUACUUGAUUGAUGAUCCCGAAAACAAUGGCUCAAACUUUAAUGGUUCUAGUGCAUCAGAAGAGAGAGCACUGGUAUACAAGAAUCAAGCAAGCAUAGAAAAGAAAAUUACAUCACAAGAAGUACAAGAAGUACAAGAAGUACAAGAAGUACAAGAAGUACAAGAAGUACAAGAAGUACAAAAUCCUAAUCAUCAUCACCAGCAGCAACAGCAACAGCAACAGCAACAGCGAUCGCUUGCCCUCUCGCCACCAAAACAUGAUUUUGUUAGAAUCCCCAUUAGUCCAGUCGAUGAUAGAUUCAACCAAGUGCCUCAAAGGUUUAGUCAAUUUAUUACUGAUCAACAAAUACCAUACAACUCACAGGGCUCGGAUAACUUAUCACUAUUAUCACACAGUGAUGCAGGUCAUAAAGAAGGUAAAGAUGGACAGGAUCGUAGCUAUUUAAGCCACCAAGCUCAUUCUACAACACAGCACAGUCGAUUAGACCCCAAAUCGGGCUCAUCUUCUUCAAAAUCCAAACUUUAUUCAUCUACUCAGCUACCACAAGCAAGUGCAAAUGCAAAUGCACUGAACACACCACCGUCAACUAAUAAACCAUCAAAACCUCACCACCAGCAUUACCACCACCACCACCACCACCACGAACAACAACAAUUAUUUGAGCCGGCUCAUGCCAGAAACAUUUCCGACUCUAUGGGAUCACAAGCAACCAUUUUUUCUACACGCAUGGACCCCGAACAUACUGCAAAUGAUCAUCCAUUGUUAUUGGGUAGUAAUAAUAGACCAAGAACAAUUAACAGCAGCUUGAGGAAAACGCGCACGUUAUUUGGCAGCAAGAAAAAGAGCAAGAGAACCAGCACAGUUCGUGUUUAUCACGAUACAACAUCUUCGGUGGCUUCGUCACUAAUCAACACGUCAUCAGUACAAUCCAGCAGUAGCUUGAUGCGAAAGAAUGCCAUUCGCACAAAUCAGGGCAGUUGGCUCUAUAGAUUGAAAUUGAGAUUGAAGAAAAUGAUUGAAAAGUUUAAAUUCUACAGCUUUAGAGCGUCAUCUUCACGUAAAAGAAAUGCUAGCAUCAAAAGGAGAAAAAGUUUAGCAAAGGCUACAUUUGAAACUUCUCAACUGCGUAAUCAGUUGAGAAAAUCGAGUACAUUGGUGAGAAAACAACGUGAAAACCCACAGAACAAGGAUUUGAAACGAAUCGCAUCUAUGAAACUUUCAAAAAGGGCCAAAACCUCACCCUUGUUAGCUGGAAAAAAGGCAUCUUCUUUGGAAAUAUCUACUCCAUUAACCAACCCCAACUUGGGUAAACUUCCUGUGUUUCAUGUUGCUAAAAUGGAUCAAGACUUGAAAAAUGCCGCUGGUAUUAUCGGACCUCCUUCCAAUCAACUACUACCUCAAUCACAAGGAUCUGGCUAUAUAGUCGAAACUACGAUCCCGCGUGUAAAUAGGCUCAACACUGUUAAUGAAUAUCAGAACAUGCCCUUGUCACCAGAAGAAAUUGUUGACGAAAGUGCCGGGAAAUAUAAACAUUUGUCCAAAUAUAUUCAGCAACAGGAAACCCAUUACCUUAAUAAUAUAGACGCGAAAACCACAACGGGAUCUAAAGCUGAACCCAAUAUGGAUAUCUCCAAUAUUUCCAACAUCUCCAAGAUGAUUGCUAAUACAGCUGCUGCACGUGAAAUCGAGGAGUUUCCUUCACCACAAAUUGAUGGAUAUAGUGAAUUCAACACUGAGCCUUCCGGAGUCUCGUCUUCCUAUCAGCAGCAUGCACCACCUCCACCUCCACAUUUGGAUCAUUCUUAUAUCGAUACAGCUACAGUCGCAAUUCCUACCGCCUCUGUUGCGAAUGGAACACUUUUUAAUGAUGAAAAUAUAGUUGGCUCGCUGAACCAGCACAAGGAUUCAACUACUUUCACAGAAUUAAAGCAUAAGCAUCAACCAAAGAUUAUCACAAAGCCACUAAAUCAUGAAUAUACAUUGGAACAGCUCUGGUGCAGUUACUUAAAGCAAGUUCUUUGCAAGAGAAUCUUGUUGCGUAAUGAGAUUAAUCAAUUCCAAAAUUUCAUGAUCACAAAGGAAACCAGUGAUGUCAUUAAUCAUAUUUUUGAACAGGUUAGAGUAUCGCAGGAGGAGUCGGCGUUGCCAUCGAGGCAACCUUCGAAGAUUGAAAGCACAAACAGUCCUCGUGUGGUUAUUUCAUCAAAUGAAUCUCAAGUAGAAAAACAGCUUGAGAAUUUGGAAAAGAAAGAUAUUAUCAGCGAAGAAAAAAAUAAAAAGCACAAUGAAAAGAAGCUUGAAAAAUACAAGAAUGGCCCUAACCAUGCCCAUAUUGAAAAGCUUGAUACGGGCUCUACCUCAUCGAUCUACUCUACAGAAACAGUCUCAUCAAUUUCUUCUGAAACAACUUCCACAAUUUCUGCUUCUUUGUAUUCAUCAAUGAAUGAGCAUGGUGAUAUAUUUAUUGAUCCACAAGAUGAAGAAUUUAACAAAAGAGUGUUAAACAGGCGGUCAUUGCUUGGAGAAAUGUUGGAAUACCAUUCUUCAGACAACUAUUCUUCUGCUGAAUCUGAUUCUGAAAGUGUUAGUGACAAAGGAGCAGAAGAAGCAGAAGUUGGAGAAGAGGAAGCAAAAGAAAAUGAAAAUGAAAAAGACAAUGAAAAUGACGUUCUCGAUGAAGAUGACGUUGUUAAUAAGAGCGUUUCAGAUGUUGCUGAACAAAUUAGAUCAUCCAUGUCUCCAUCACAAACAUUUCAACAAAUGGAAGGUUCAAGAACCAGCUCUGAAGUAUUUUUAAAGAGAUAUGGUACAAUUGUGCUGAGACGAUCAACGUCACAAAUACCAAGUAGACAGCAACUGAUGAAGGAAGAAGAAUUUUGUGCAAAUGCAUCAGUAUCAAUUAGUCAACAACACCUGUUAGCAGAUAUGGAAAUCGAAACAGGAGGUGACGUGGGCACUGACUUGGUUAAGAAGUCUCCUGAAAAAGGUGAUCAUAUUGAGUUUCUGCAACAACUUCUGCCAUUAAAACGUAGUCAGGGGCUUAAUCAUAGUUUGAGUCAGCUAAGUACAUAA